GGAAAACUGGCCUUAUCAAAUAGAAAAAUAUAAAUGGGCAUUAGGCGGCGGUAGUGUCACUUGUGUAUGAUGAUGAAAUGGACGCGGUAUUGGAUGUGGAAAAAUCGGAAGUCCCGGGCAUCGCUGUGCAAUGUGACCUCCUGUUACCCAACGGUCAUAUGCAAAGGACCUAUGAAUUCGACAUAACCGAUAUCGGUCUUCGACGGCGCCUAGUGCGCCGAUUCUAUGGCAUUCUAAUCGUAGGUUAUCCAAGCUCAAUUUUAAAUUUAAAAAGUAAUCUAGUAAAACCAAUAUUUCAGCUACAGGUGGCCUGCACCUUGCCCUGCCUUGAGUUGUUUCUCAAAUAUCCUUUGCCUUACAACUUUGUCGUUGGACCAUCCAUGGUAUUCACUGUGUUUCUGUAUACGUGUUUUUACAUUUGGCGAGAUUGGAGAAGACAUCGGCCCUACAACUACUUUGUACUGCUUCUGAGCACUUUGAUUGGAUCCUUUAAUAGGAGCGUAUAUCUACUUAACCUGGUGGAGACCCAUUGGGUAUAUAUUUAUCCAGCCAUUCUUAUUUUUGAAAUCUUGGGCCUAAUGCUGUACUCUUCCCAGGAGCGUUUUCGUUUUACCCAGAUUCGCGGUAUUUCUAUAAUCUGCCUCAUCUUUGGGUUGUUUCUCCUGCUGGCCUACCGAUUGAACCGGAUGAUGGAGGUCUUCUCAGCAAUGGCCUGCACCGUAGAAGCGUGGUACGUAAUCUACGACACCCACUACAUGCUGUGCGGUCGUCAUGGCUACAAUAUUGGACCCGAGGAGUUCGUCUAUGCAGCUUGCAACAUACAUUGCGAUCUGCCUAAGGGAAUGUGGCGACUGAUGAAGAUGCUCUUCUUCAGCAAAAUUGUAGAGGCCGUUCGCAUGUUCCGCGAAUGCUUCAGGACCGAGGUUUGCUGAUGGAAACUUGGUUGGCUUGAAAAUUGUUUAUUUUUCGGUUAAGUAUAAGCUGUCAAAAUUGUUUAAUAAAGCCAUUAUAUCUCAAAAAAUGACACUACUUUUUGAAGGCCUAUCAAAAUCAACGCCUAAUCCAGCGCUUGGGCUUGAGAUAAAAGGGUGGUUGAAGCAGGCUCGCAAAUGUUUUAGCAGGACUAGAAUAAACGCUGGCUCAGAGAACUAUGAAAGAGUCUUAAGACUCACUAAAGAAUCCCCGAAACCAGUGAACGGAAAAUUAAAACAUCUUGCGAAGUCUUU